CCCCCCGCGCCUGUCCCCCUCUCCUUCGAAGCAAUUGACGACCUCAUCUACUCCGCGCGCCUCGGCGACAUCCCCUCUCUCAAAUCCGACAUCACCAAAUAUAGCACAGAACAUAACGUCCCGGCCUCCUCGAUAAUCCGGUCUGCGCUCGACACCGAGCCCGAAAGCGAUGGCGGGACGGGCGCUUGCUUGCUCCAUUGGCCGGCUGCGAAUGGGAAUGUUGAACUGUUAAACUAUCUCCUCUCCGUUCUCGGCGAGGAGUCAACAGAAUUAGCAUCAUUCCUGAAUUAUCGGAAUUACACUGGCAACACGCCGCUGCAUUGGGCGGCGUUGAAUACGCAUUUGGACUGCGUCAAGGCGCUUGUUGGAGCGGGCGCGGAUAUCGGAAUUAAGAAUGACGCGGGGCAUGAUGCGCUGUUUCUUGCGGAGCGGGCGGAUUGGUCGGCGGACGAUGAUCAGGAUGAUGGUGAUGAGGAGGAGGAGAUUGAGGUGACCGCGAAUGGGAAUGGGAAUGUGGAUGGAGAGAAGAAGGAGGAUGAAGCGCCGCCGACGAAAGCAAGGUUGGUGGUUGAGUGGCUUUUGGGCUGUGAGAAGGGCGCUGGGUUUGAGGCGCCGGUGGAGAGGAGGGAUGGCGAGGGUGGUGAGGCGAUGGAGGAGUAA